CAGUUGAAGCAAGUUGUUUGAGAUCCAUUGCGAUGAAAUUUAUGUUAUGACAAAGAGACGCAGCAAGACAAGCAAAACAAUUGAUUGAUAAUGUUUUGAUCAAGAGAAGAUAUUAAGGAUUUAUCAAAGAGUUUGUAUUAAGGUUUUGACGAAAAGAGUAAAGCAGGCAAUCAUGAGCAUUUUGCAAGGGUCUCAAUUCCCUCAUACCAAUGUUGGAUACAUGUCAGAACGAAUGAUUUUGAGAAAUCCUUUGGGGAGAUUCCUGACCCAGAGGUUUGAAAUUUUGAAACUUCCUAACUUGGUCAUGAAGAAGGUCAAAGUAUGUAGGUCGAGUGGUGAAUUCUUGUGAUUCCAGUCAGGGAACUGACAAGUUUGGAGCAAUCGUUUGCCUUCGUAUAUGUUGUUGACAAGGGUCCUCAAGGAUAGAAGGUUGAUGAGAGCUGAGACAUCCACGAUAGUGUAACUGUUCAGAAGAUGAAGUCGCAUUCCAGGGUCUUUUGAAUCUUUGGGUGAAAUUUUAAUUAAUAUCAAUGUUUGACCAAAGCUAGGGAACACCUAACUGACUGAUAGAAGGCCUUAUGACCCACUGGUUCGUAGCUCAGAGGCCGACAACACACAGGCCAAACAGCUACUUUCCAAUCAGGUUUAUGUUUUGGGUUUGAUGAAACAAAGCUGAUUUCUGAAUUUUGAUUAAUCUUGGAUCUUGUCAACGGUUUACAGGAUGACAUUCAAUGUAAAGGGGUUAGAUCGUGGAUGUGGUCAUUUCAAUUGAUCCCGAUCCUGAAAAACGAGCUAAAGAUUGGUAGCUAAAGAUUUGUACAAAAAGAUGUAUAGUUUGUAAAUCUGAAAAGAAGUCGGUGCUGUAUGAACUUGUGCUGAAAGUGUCCAAGGCGCGAUGGUAAUUCAGAUGUUGACGGGUACACUGUCACAGGCAUGAGUCGAUUCGAGCGUUGUAAAUCGAAGAGGCAAAGAGUCUUCAACCAAGACAAUGAGGUCACAAAUCCGGUUGUGAUUAUCUCAAUGGCCACAAGGUGAUCAGAGCACUGAAUCCGGUCAGCGUUGAUCACCUUGCUGGUAUAUGGACAGUUCGAUGAUUGGUUGAAAGCGAUGUUGAUCUCGUCUUGAAGGAAUCGUUGGAAGAAUCGAUCGUGAGUGAUGUGUAUAUAUGUAGGUGAG